AUGUCUCUUUCCAGGUCGCACAGACUCAUCAUCUGUUACAUGUCAGCGGGAACCUGGGAAAACUGGCGCCCAGACGCGCACAGUUUUUCGAAUGACAGUCUCGGAAAUUCUCUGGACAGAUGGCCUGGAGAAAGAUGGAUGGAUAUCCGUCACCCAGAAGUGAGACGAAUCAUGUCCAGUCGCAUCGAACUUGCUGCCCAGCGUGGAUGUGACGGGAUCGAACCAGACAACAUCGAUGGUUACAGCAACGAGAACGGCCUCGGUUUGACAGCUGAAGACCAACUCCACUACAAUAUUUGGCUCACUAUAGAAGCGCAUUCAAGGAACCUAUCAAUUGGUUUGAAAAAUGACGUCGAACAAAUUGAUCAGUUAGAAAGCCACUUUGAUUGGGCUAUGUCGGAAAGUUGCCUGAAGUAUCAUGAAUGCCAUUACUUCAAACGAUUUCUACAAAACAACAAAGCCGUGUUUCAUGUGGAAUAUAUGAAAAGAAAAUCUCGCGCCCAGCAACUGAAAACAAUAACUGUCAUCAAUAUCUCUCACCUGCAUUUUCCUCUGCCUCUUCUUUGUAUGGAAAUAUCGUCGAUUCUAUCUAUCUGUCGAUUUUAUCUAUCUAUCUAUCUAUCUAUCUAUCUAUCUAUCUAUCUAUCGCACACUCAUAUUUCUUUCUUUUUCAUUGGCAUUCAUCUAUCUCAGCUGAUUGAGAUAAACCUUUCUUUCUUUCUUUCUUUCUUUCUUUCUUUCUUUCUUUCUUUCUUUCUUUCUUUCUAUCCCAGGCUGUUCUAUUCAUCCGUAUUCUCCACCACUUACUCUCCUUUUCUUUCAAUUCUUUUAUAUCUGACUUCCUCCUCCUCCUCCUCCUCCCCCUCUCUCUUCCUUACACCUAUAGUCUCUUCUCUCUUAUCUUCCUUUCGUUCUUUAUCUAUCUAUCUAUCUAUCUAUCCCCGCCUCCUAUCUAUCCCACUAUGUUCAUUAUCUAUUUAUAUGUCUUCUCCGCCAACCCCUCUCUCUUGA